GAGGGGACCGGGCCCCUCAGGCGGCGGUACCUCAAUGAGCGACACGAAAAGGCCAAUCACAGGCCAGCCCCGCAGGCCACGUGAUGAGAGAGCUGGCGCUAGGAAAGGGGGGGCUAAAGAUCCCGCAGACUCCAUGCGUCAGGUUGUGGAGUGGGAAAUCAUCCUUAAACCCCAGAAUGUGCCCACUGACAGCCCCUACACUGUUCCCGAGGCCUUAAGGAGUGGGAGGGUCUGAGAAGAUUGAACCUCGGGGGCGAAGAGAGCGCCCCCUGCCAUUUUGGUUAGGACUGACAGAUGCCUGGUUUGGGAAUGAACAAUGAUAAUCUGAGGAGAAGCCAGCUGUCCCUGGGUAGAGGGAAGUGAUUAGGCAGGCACGGGCUUGGCAAGACAAUGCCUAGGUGAGGAAAGAUGCAUUUUCAAAGGACAGAGUGAGACCCUGUCAAUGGGAUAGAGGGGCUGAGGGCGCCUCAGCCUUCUUAACUGAAACCCCAAAACUAGAGACAGACUGGUGAAUUGGCGAGAUGGGGAGAGAUGAGGGCUGCAGGUUAGAGAUACCGAGAAGACACCAGGAAGUAGUGAUGGUCCUUCUUUCCCUUAUCCCCUAACUAUUAGACUCUCCAGGACUGGUCUACCGCCUCAGCCUUGGGUCUCCUUCCAUCAACCCGUCCCCCUAGGAGCCAGGACCUGCCCUACAUAACCUCCCUGGGGCCCAAGCACAUCCUGUGACCCAAAAAUGGAGAGAGGGGCCAAUGAGAGGAGAGAUAGGUAGGAGGAGGCGACAGAGAAAAAAGCUCUUGCCACUCCCCCUACCCAGUAUCCCCGCUCCCUCCAAGGUCUGGGGUCUCUGGUCUGCUGGGUGGGUGUGACUGGGCGUUUCCCAGGCUGAUGUCAGAGUUCUCUUAUACCUACCUCUCUGGGGUUAGGAUCUCCCUGAGAUUUCUGUCUUUGGGAUUGGAGUUUGUCUCUGAGAUGGAGCUCUAUGGGGUGUUUCAGAAUUUGCAUUGGGAUCUUUCUCGGGACUGAGUUUCCUUUUUGUUUGGGGGGUUUCUGUGUUUCUGGGUCUGCAAUCACUCUCUCUGAGGUCUUUCAAACUCUUCUUUAUGUGUUUGGGGUCUCUGAGUUCUCCAUCUCUGGGCUAGCUGAGUGUCUCUUCUCUCUCUCUCUCUCCCUUCUCGCCCUCCCCCCCCCCCAGGUCUGGAUUGUCUCUGUCUCUGAGUCUGCAAUUUCUUUCUUCUGAGAUCUAAGUCUGGGGUCUCUGAUACCUCUCUCUGGGUCAGAGUUCUCUAAGACCUAAUUCUAGGUCUAGGUUCUUCUGAAUCUGGGUCUCAUCUUUUUUCUCUGAGUCUCCAUCUCAGGUCUUGGUCCCUGAAAAUCACCACGUGAGCCUGGAGUCUAAGAUUUCUGUGGCUAUGGAGAACCUUUUUGAGACUGGAUGCUCAGAUUUUUGAUCUUUGACCCCUCAGGGGGGAGUCUGGGGUCUUUUUUUCUGAGAUUGGGGUCUCUCUUCCUCUAGAUUUUGGGUUUGUGCCUCAGAUUAACUCCCAGGGGUGGCAAGGUAUCUUCCUCUGUGGGUCUGGGGUCUCUCGAUCUCAGGGUCUGGGGUCUGCAUCUUUAGAACUGCUCUCUUUCUCUCUGGUGUGUUUUUGAGUCAGGGGUCUCUCUCUCUCUCUCUCUCUCUGGUUCCCACUGAGUAGGGGUGGGGGCUGCCGAGUCUCUCUCUCCUCCUCCUCCUGCUCUCUCCUCUCGCUCGCUCCCCCGCCCCCCUCUCUCUCUCUCCCGGCUGCCGCUGCUGCCGUUGGCUCCUAUUCUCCUCCUCCUCCUCCUCUCUCCUCCUCUCUGCUCCUCUCCGCUCCUCUCUCCUCCUCUCUCCUCCUCCUCCUCCUCCACCUCCUCCUCCUUCUCCCCCUCUCUCUCCCCCUCUUUCUCUCUUCUUUCUCCCCCGUCCCCCCGCCCCCUCCCCCCUAGGCCUGAUGAGCAGGUCUCGCGCCUCCAUCCAUCGGGGGAGCAUCCCCGCGAUGUCCUAUGCCCCCUUCAGAGAUGUACGGGGACCUCCUAUGCACCGAACCCAAUAUGUUCACUCCCCAUAUGAUCGUCCUGGUUGGAACCCUCGGUUCUGCAUCAUCUCGGGGAACCAGCUUCUCAUGUUGGAUGAGGACGAGAUACACCCACUUCUGAUCCGGGACCGGAGGAGCGAGUCUAGCCGCAACAAACUGCUGAGACGCACAGUCUCCGUGCCGGUGGAGGGGCGGCCCCACGGCGAGCAUGAAUACCACUUGGGUCGCUCGAGGAGGAAGAGCGUCCCAGGGGGGAAGCAGUACAGCAUGGAGGCCGCCCCCGCUGCGCCCUUCCGGCCCUCGCAAGGCUUCCUGAGCCGGAGGCUAAAAAGCUCCAUCAAACGCACGAAGUCACAACCCAAACUUGACCGGACCAGCAGCUUUCGCCAGAUCCUGCCUCGCUUCCGAAGUGCUGACCAUGACCGGGCCCGGCUGAUGCAGAGCUUUAAGGAGUCACACUCUCAUGAGUCCUUGCUGAGUCCUAGCAGUGCGGCUGAGGCCUUGGAGCUCAACUUGGAUGAAGAUUCCAUUAUCAAGCCAGUGCACAGCUCCAUCCUGGGCCAGGAGUUCUGUUUUGAGGUAACAACGUCAUCAGGAACAAAAUGUUUUGCCUGUCGUUCUGCGGCCGAAAGGGACAAAUGGAUCGAGAAUCUACAGCGGGCAGUAAAACCCAACAAGGACAACAGCCGCCGGGUGGACAACGUGUUGAAGCUGUGGAUCAUAGAGGCCCGGGAGCUGCCCCCCAAGAAGCGGUACUACUGUGAGCUCUGCCUAGAUGACAUGCUCUAUGCGCGCACCACCUCCAAGCCCCGCUCGGCCUCAGGGGACACCGUCUUCUGGGGCGAGCACUUUGAGUUUAACAACCUGCCGGCCGUCCGUGCCCUGCGGCUGCAUCUCUACCGUGACUCUGACAAAAAGCGCAAGAAGGACAAGGCGGGCUAUGUCGGCCUGGUGACUGUGCCCGUGGCCACCCUAGCUGGGCGCCACUUCACAGAGCAGUGGUACCCCGUAACCCUGCCAACAGGCAGUGGGGGCUCUGGGGGUAUGGGGGGCUCAGGCGGGGGCGGGGGCUCGGGGGGCGGCUCAGGGGGCAAGGGCAAAGGAGGUUGCCCGGCUGUGCGGCUGAAAGCACGUUACCAGACAAUGAGUAUCCUGCCCAUGGAGCUGUAUAAGGAGUUUGCAGAGUAUGUCACCAACCAUUAUCGGAUGCUGUGUGCAGUAUUGGAGCCUGCCCUGAACGUCAAGGGCAAGGAAGAGGUUGCCAGUGCACUGGUUCACAUCCUGCAGAGUACGGGCAAGGCCAAGGACUUCCUUUCAGACAUGGCCAUGUCUGAGGUGGACCGGUUCAUGGAACGGGAGCACCUCAUAUUCCGCGAGAACACGCUCGCCACUAAAGCCAUAGAAGAGUACAUGAGACUGAUUGGUCAGAAAUACCUCAAGGAUGCCAUUGGGGAAUUCAUCCGUGCUCUGUAUGAGUCCGAGGAGAACUGUGAGGUGGACCCCAUCAAGUGCACGGCGUCCAGUCUGGCAGAGCACCAGGCCAACCUGCGAAUGUGCUGUGAGUUGGCCCUGUGCAAGGUGGUCAACUCCCAUUGCGUGUUCCCGAGGGAGCUGAAGGAGGUGUUUGCGUCGUGGCGACUGCGCUGCGCAGAGCGGGGCCGGGAGGACAUCGCUGACAGGCUGAUCAGCGCCUCGCUCUUCCUGCGCUUCCUCUGCCCAGCCAUUAUGUCGCCCAGUCUCUUUGGGCUCAUGCAGGAGUACCCAGAUGAGCAGACCUCACGAACCCUCACCCUUAUCGCCAAGGUCAUCCAGAACCUGGCCAACUUUUCCAAGUUUACCUCAAAGGAGGACUUUCUGGGAUUCAUGAAUGAGUUUCUGGAGCUGGAGUGGGGUUCCAUGCAGCAGUUCCUGUACGAGAUCUCCAACCUGGACACGCUGACCAACAGCAGUAGCUUUGAGGGUUACAUCGACUUGGGCCGAGAGCUCUCCACACUGCAUGCCUUGCUCUGGGAGGUGCUGCCCCAGCUCAGCAAGGAAGCCCUCCUGAAGCUGGGCCCAUUGCCCCGGCUCCUCAAUGACAUCAGCACAGCUCUGAGGAACCCCAACAUCCAAAGGCAGCCAAGCCGCCAGAGCGAGCGGCCCCGGCCUCAGCCCGUAGUGCUGCGGGGUCCAUCAGCCGAGAUGCAGGGCUACAUGAUGCGGGACCUCAACAGCUCCAUCGACCUUCAGUCCUUCAUGGCUCGAGGCCUCAACAGCUCUAUGGACAUGGCUCGCCUCCCCUCCCCAACCAAGGAAAAGCCGCCCCCACCACCCCCUGGUGGGGGGAAGGACCUGUUCUAUGUCAGCCGUCCGCCUCUGGCCCGUUCCUCGCCAGCAUACUGCACGAGCAGCUCAGACAUCACAGAGCCAGAGCAGAAGAUGCUGAGUGUCAACAAGAGUGUCUCCAUGCUGGAUCUGCAGGGCGAUGGGCCCGGUGGCCGCCUAAACAGCAGCAGUGUGUCCAACCUGGCGGCCGUCGGGGACCUGCUGCACUCGAGCCAGGCCUCCCUGACAGCGGCCUUGGGGCUGCGGCCGGCGCCUGCUGGACGCCUCUCCCAGGGGAGUGGCUCGUCCAUCACUGCGGCUGGCAUGCGCCUCAGCCAGAUGGGCGUCACCACGGACGGUGUCCCUGCCCAGCAACUGCGUAUCCCCCUCUCCUUCCAGAACCCUCUCUUCCACAUGGCUGCUGAUGGGCCAGGCCCCCCAGGGGGACACGGAGUGGGCGGUGGCCAUGGCCCACCCUCUUCCCAUCACCACCAUCACCACCAUCACCACCACCGAGGUGGAGAGCCCCCAGGGGACACCUUUGCCCCAUUCCAUGGCUAUAGCAAGAGUGAGGACCUCUCCUCAGGGGUCCCCAAGCCCCCUGCUGCUUCCAUCCUUCACAGCCACAGCUACAGUGAUGAGUUUGGACCCUCUGGCACUGACUUCACCCGUCGGCAGCUCUCACUCCAGGACAACCUGCAGCACAUGCUGUCCCCUCCCCAGAUCACCAUUGGUCCCCAGAGGCCUGCCCCCUCAGGGCCUGGAGGUGGGAGCGGUGGUGCGGGCAGUGGCGGGGGUGGCGGGGGCCAGCCGCCUCCGUUGCAGAGGGGCAAGUCUCAGCAGUUGACAGUCAGCGCUGCCCAGAAACCCCGGCCAUCCAGCGGGAAUCUGUUGCAGUCACCGGAGCCGAGUUACGGCCCUGCCCGUCCGCGGCAACAGAGCCUCAGCAAGGAGGGCAGCAUUGGGGGCAGCGGGGGCAGCGGUGGCGGAGGGGGUGGGGGGCUCAAGCCCUCCAUCACCAAGCAGCACUCUCAGACGCCAUCCACGCUCAACCCCACGAUGCCAGCCUCCGAGCGGACAGUGGCCUGGGUCUCCAAUAUGCCUCACCUGUCAGCUGACAUCGAGAGUGCCCACAUCGAGCGGGAAGAGUACAAGCUGAAGGAGUACUCCAAGUCGAUGGAUGAGAGCCGCCUGGACAGGGUGAAGGAGUACGAGGAGGAGAUCCACUCACUGAAGGAGCGGCUGCACAUGUCCAACCGGAAGCUGGAAGAGUAUGAGCGGAGGCUGCUGUCCCAGGAAGAACAGACCAGCAAAAUCCUGAUGCAGUAUCAGGCCCGACUAGAGCAGAGCGAGAAGAGGCUAAGGCAGCAGCAGGUGGAGAAGGACUCGCAGAUCAAGAGCAUCAUUGGCAGGCUGAUGCUGGUGGAGGAGGAGCUGCGCCGGGACCACCCCGCCAUGGCUGAGCCGCUGCCCGAACCCAAGAAGAGGCUGCUCGACGCUCAGGAGAGGCAGCUUCCCCCCUUGGGUCCAACAAACCCGCGUGUGACGCUGGCCCCACCUUGGAACGGCCUGGCCCCCCCAGCCCCGCCCCCCCCACCCCGGCUGCAGAUCACCGAGAACGGCGAGUUCCGAAACACCGCAGACCACUAGCCCACCCAGCAUCACAGACCUUGUUCUCCCUCCCCAUGCACCCCACCCUGGAACAGCACCAACCACCAGGAAUGGACGUCGCCGAGGGACAGCGGGAUUGCCUCCCUGAAUGCCUCCUUGGGGGGCACCAAUCCCCCACCCCCACUGCACCAUUUCCAGGAGGGAGAACGGGGACCCUUAGCUGCCCCCUUUUCUUCCUGUUGGGGUGCUGCCCCGUGACCCCUAAGGACCCUUGCCCCAGGACACCACCUACCCCACACAGACCCCUUCACUCCGGGGUGCUAUCCCCAUCCUCUGCCUCAUCGUUCCCCUGAGCACUGGGGGACAGACCCUCGCCCCCACCCUGGGGGUGUGGCACCUCCAAACUUUCAACUUCAGGGUGAUUUUUUUAGCAGUAACCAGAGCUGACAAUCUAACUCCCCUCCACCGCCCCAUUUUGGCCUCCCCCUGUCCCCGUUGUUAUGGGGAGGGGACCCCAGGUGAGGGGGCCCUAUUACCCCUUGAUUUCUCAGGAGCGUCUGGGGGGGCUCAGCACGCACAAACUCCUUCUCCUCUACCACUCUUAAAUUUACUCCCUUCCCACCCAGAACCCAGAUGGGGUGGAGGGGCCACCGGGGCAGGGAGGGGGCGGCAAGGGGGGAAUGGGAGUUAUCUCCCGUUCCUCCCACACCUGAUCUGCUCUUGGCUGGUCCCAGAGCGGGGUGAGGGGGCUUAUGCCCCCCCCUCCCCCAGUGUGUUGGGUGGGGUGGAAUUGAGGUUAGGGUGAAGGGUUAGGGUUUAGGAGGGUGUGUAUGUUGGGGAGGACAGACUAGUUGAUCUGCCCUCCCCUGACACACACAGUCCCCCCUGCCCCUCCCCUCUCUCUUCUUGGUCUCUACUCCCAGGGGGAGAGGGGAACUUACUCUAGGAAAAGCCAUGUCUCUCUCCCCCAGGGUGGGGGGACCUGUGUUGGAGAAGGGGUGUUGGGGGCCCCCUUCCAUGACUCUGUCCCCCGGGGGGAGGUAGGACAGGGCUGGGCUUCCCUCUCAUCCUCCCCCCUCCUCAAUCUCCCUCCACCUCCCUCCCUCCCGCCAGCUCCACAAUUUUUCGGUGUUUCUCUGUAUAUAGCUCUCUGGCGGGAUAGGGGAGGUAGGAUGGAUGGGGUUUGGGGUGGGUACGUCAUGGGAGGGGAAAAGCCCCUCCUUGGCACCCCCUCUUCCCUGACUGCUGUCCCCUACCCAGCCUUGCCCCCUCAUCCCUUCUUGCGUUUGGUAUUGAGACUCUUCCCAGACUCCACCCUUCUUUCUUUUGUAUGGACAGUUCCCCUUCAGUCCCAUCCCCCUACACACAUACACCCAGCCGGGGCCAAAUUUAUACUUAUAUAAAAGUUGUAAAUAUGUGAUAUUUUAUCCCUGUGCCCUGUCCUUGCUUUCCCAACCUCAGACCCUACCCCUGGACCCCUUUUCCUCCUCUCUUCUUUGGCUGUUGUAAUUAUCUGGGGUUUGUACUGUACAUAUCCGGGGUGUGUGUGUGUGGGCUGGGGGCAACCCCUCUGUACAGAGCUUCCUGGCCCCCUCCCCUCCACGCUUCCCUCUUCACCCACCCCCCCUAAGGGUAGGGAGAUGCUCUUCCUACCUGUUUUAUUUUGUUUUCUCGUUCUCCCUCCCCACCCCACCCCACUCCCACCCUUCUCUUGUCCCGCACCAUUGCCCCUUUUUCUCCACUCCCAGCCCCAUUUCCUUUUUUUCUGGAGUGUGUGGUGAAACAGAAAAAUCAUGUUUAAUAAACGGAGAUUGUUCUUUUA